AGGGUUUGGUCGCCCUUGGAUAACGCAACCAAGUCCUCACUGUUUGUUGGACAUCUUCAACUUUGGCAGAGCACCAAAAGCAGCAGAUAAUGGGAGAACAGCAAUAAGAAAAUCUUUUUCAAGACUCUCACAUGCUCUUGACACAAACUCACAACUGAAAUCAAAAUGCACUGCUGUUGGGAUGGCAAGUCGACGUGAAAAGAACCACCUUGUUUUUUUCUAAACCCUCUUGGGUCUUCUUUUCCACUGACUAUCUUCAACGCCUCGUCGUUUCUUCACCACUAGUUACACAAAAUGCGUCCCUCCCUUGCUACAGCAGUCCUCCCUCCUAGAACACGUUCCCACAACCCACCCAAUCUGGCGGUUGGAGGUCGGGAACACCUGUCAGCCCCUCGAAGGCGCAGCCCUCACUUACGGCACACCCUCAGCCCAGAAAAUCUGCGCACGCUGGCAGAGAGGGGUGGGGCAGCUGUUGAUGCCACCUCCGUUGUUAGCAGUCCCAUCGGGCUUACACGGGCUAACAGCGAUACGGACUUGGUAACCUCGCAUAGCAGGUCCUCUUUAACAGCAUCUACUCUGGAGUACACAUUGAACCGAGGCCAGAACCUUGUCAUAUCCUGGGAUAUCAAGGAAGAAGUAGAUGCGACUGACUGGAUUGGGCUGUACCAUAUUGAUGAAACCAGCCCUUCCAAUGUGUGGGACUGUAAGAACAGAGGAGUAAAUGGGACUCAGAAGGGUCAGAUUGUUUGGAGGCUGGAACCGGGACCCUAUUUUAUGGAGCCUGAAACCAAGAUCUGUUUCAAGUACUACCACGGAGUCAGCGGAGCACUGAGAGCCACGACCCCCUGCAUUACUGUUAAGAAUCCAGCAGUCCUGGUGGAGGGGCUGGCAGAGCAGGUGGGCGUUGAGCAUCCUCGGAAACUGAUCAGCUUUACUUUGACAGAUCUUUGUGCAACCGGUUUGAAGAAGGGCAUGUUUUUUAAUCCUGAUCCAUAUUUGAAAAUGUCCAUACACCCUGGAAAGAGGAGCGUCUUCCCCAUCUUCAGCCAUCAUGGGCAGGAACGGCGAUCAGCCAUCAUUGCAAAUACGACCAACCCCGUCUGGCAUGGCGAGAAAUACACAUUUGUCGCGCUAAUGACAGACAUCCUCUACAUCGAAGUGAAGGACAAAUUUGCCAAAAGCCGACCGAUCAUCAAACGCUUCCUCGGCCAACUGACUAUUCCUGUGCAGCGCCUCAUUGAAAAAAUACCUGGGGUCCAGCCUGUGAGUUUCCCCUUGUGUCGACGCCUGCCAACUGAACAUGUGAGCGGGCAACUGCAGUUUAAAGUUGAGCUAACCUCAACUGGCCCAGAUGGUGCGUCUCCUGAUUCCAUAAUUGGCAUUUCAAACUUGAACGGUGCCCCAGGAACUCCAUCUGAUGACGAGGACUUGCCCCAUCAUCUUCCAGGUGUGGUCUCAGCAGGCCUCUCUCCUACUGGCUCCCACAGCUCUCAUGGCAUGUGGGAAGGUGGAGCUACAGCCUUCCCAGAGAAAGACCUGUCUCUUGUCAGAGCAGAGGGCAGAUUAGUGGAACCUGAAACUCUUCCUGACCAUGAAAUGCUCCAGAGGUCACUCAGUGAGGGCCUGGAUGCUAUUGAAGCCCCUAAAGGCCCUGGUGAGAGACCUCUGGGAGCUGCAUCUCCUAAAUUGUGCUCUAGUUUUCCCACACACACUAGGCUGAGUGCCAUGCUGCACAUAGAUUCAGACGAGGAUGACGAGAGGUCUGGAAUCAAUGAUAUUGUCCCGGUGCCGCUGUCCCCACUGCUGAUAAAUGGAGACCCUUCAUAUGCUGGCGGCCCUGAUGAAGAUGAGCUGUUUCUCGAUCUUGAGCAGGAACCUGAACAACCGGAGCUCUCAGGGCAGGAAGGGAAGCCCACAGGUGUAGAUGCUAUAACUGAAGAUGUGGCUCCUGAGGUAGACACGGUGCUGAAUGUAGAGGCAAAUGUAGACUUGGAAGACAUUUUGGAGACAGAUGUUUUCCUUGAGGUUGAAGAGGUUCCAUUCACAGAAGCCAGAAUCCAAACUUCUCUGCCAGAGGGAGAAGAGGUAACUGAGCAAGGAACAGGGCCUGGAGAGGACCCCUCCUCAGAGAUUGACACUUGCUCUAUGGCAACGGCACCGCAGACUGUCUUCUCAUCAUCAGAGAGCAGUCCCAUCACACUGACUGCUGCUGUGGAAACUGAGGAAGGAGCAGAGACAGCUAUAGAUCCUGGGGGAAAUGUGGAACAAGGCAACAGACCAACUAGUCAAACUGUAGAUGAUGAAGGUGGUGCUCAAGCCACAGUUAUGGAGGCUGAAAGAGAAGUACCACCUGGCAGAGAACGAGAGGAGAUUGAAGAGAUUAGGGUUAGGAGGCUAAGCUUGCAGGCUGCAGGGGGUGUGGCUGAAGAACAGGAAAAAAAGGAGGCAAAGACACAAGAGGACGUGGCCUCUUUGGAUUCAGAACAAGUUGCCACGGAAACGGAAAGAGAGGAAGGAAGCCAUGUCAAUGGCCAUCCUGUACGUUCACUUCCUUCUGUGCGUCAUGACAUUCAUCGAUACCAGCGUGUGGACGAGCCUCUUCCUCCCAACUGGGAGGCUAGGAUCGACAGCCAUGGAAGAAUCUUUUUUGUGGACCAUGUGAACAGGACAACUACAUGGCAGCGUCCCACUGGACCUCCUGCUCCACAGGGCUUAACCCGCUCCAAUUCCAUUCAGCAGAUGGAGCAGCUCAAUCGCAGAUAUCAAAGCAUCAGGAGGACAAUGACCAACAGUGAUCGGUCAGAGGAAAGCACCACAGACUUGCCUGAACCAGAGGGUGAACUGAUGCCCCACUCCAUUUCUGAGUACCGUAGAGAAAGUGCAGUUCCUCAUUCCAGCGGUCGUUCGCGCCUCUCCCUGCUGCUCCAGUCACCCAGCGCCAAGUUUCUGUGCAGCCCUGACUUCUUCACCGUGCUGCAUUCUAACCCUAGUGCCUACCGGAUGUUUACGAGCAACACCUGCCUGAAGCAUAUGAUCAGUAAGGUGCGCCGUGAUGCUCAUUACUUUGAGCGCUACCAGCACAACCGAGACCUCGUCACCUUCCUAAACAUGUUUGCCAACAAACAACUAGAGCUUCCCCGGGGCUGGGAGAUGAAGCACGACCAUACUGGGAAGCCCUUUUUUGUGGAUCACAACUGUCGCUCAACCACCUUCAUUGACCCACGGUUGCCCCUGCAGAGUUCCCGCUCCACUGGGCUGCUCGCCCAUCGCCAGCAUUUGAGCCGUCAGCGCAGCCACAGUGCGGGAGAGGUUGUGGAUGACACUCGCCAAAGUAACCCUCCCAUCAUCCCUCGUCCCUCCAGCACCUUUAGCGGCUCCAGUCGAAGUCAGUACCAUGAUGUGGUACCUGUGGCCUACAAUGACAAGAUUGUUGCUUUUCUGCGGCAGCCCAACAUCCUUGAGAUUCUUCAGGAAAGGCAGCCUGAGCUUGCCAGGAACCACUCUCUCAAAGAAAAGGUACAGUUCAUUCGCAGUGAGGGAGUCACUGGGCUGGCUCGUCUCUCCAGUGAUGCUGACCUUGUCAUGUUGCUGAGCUUGUUUGAGGAGGAAGUGAUGUCAUACGUGCCGCCAUUACUCCACCCAGGUUACUGCAUCUCUUCUCCUCAGAGCUCACCUGGUACCCAGCGAGCAAAUGCUCGUGCUCCAGCUCCCUACAAGCGAGAUUUUGAAGCCAAACUGAGGAACUUUUAUCGAAAGUUGGAGACAAAAGGUUAUGGACAGGGACCAGGGAAAGUCAAGCUCAUAAUACGCAGAGACCACUUGCUAGAAGAUGCCUUCAACCAGAUAAUGUGCUACUCUCGUAAAGAUUUACAGAGGAAACUAUUCAACCCAUACUACGGACUGUUUGAGUACUCAGCCAACGACACCUAUACUGUCCAGAUCAGCCCCAUGUCUGCCUUUGUGGAUAAUCACCAUGAGUGGUUUCGCUUCAGUGGGCGCAUCCUGGGGCUGGCUCUUGUUCAUCAGUACUUGCUAGAUGCCUUCUUUACCCGUCCAUUCUAUAAGGGCCUUCUUCGCAUACCCUGUGACCUGAGUGACCUGGAGUUCCUUGAUGAGGAAUUCCAUCAAAGUCUGCAAUGGAUGAAGGACAACGACAUUGAAGACAUGCUGGACCUUACCUUCACUGUCAACGAGGAGGUCUUUGGACAGAUAACAGAAAGAGAGCUGAAGCCAGGUGGGGCUGGUAUCCCUGUUUCAGAGAAGAACAAGAAGGAGUACAUUGAGCGAAUGGUCAAGUGGCGCAUAGAGAGGGGAGUCGCACAGCAAACAGAGAGCCUUGUCCGAGGCUUCUAUGAGGUGGUGGAUGUCAGGCUGGUGUCUGUGUUUGAUGCAAGGGAGCUGGAGCUGGUUAUUGCUGGAACUGCAGAGAUUGACCUGGCAGACUGGAGGAACAACACAGAGUACAGAGGAGGUUACCAUGACAACCAUAUCGUGAUUCGCUGGUUCUGGGCAGCUGUGGAGAGAUUCAACAAUGAGCAGAGACUAAGGCUCCUGCAGUUUGUGACGGGGACCUCAAGUAUCCCCUAUGAAGGUUUUGCAUCGCUACGAGGCAGUAAUGGACCCCGCAGGGCUCAUACGUGUUUUAAUCGUCUGGACCUACCACCUUACCCUUCCUUCUCAAUGCUCUAUGAGAAGCUGGUCACUGCUGUUGAGGAAACUAGCACGUUUGGCUUGGAGUAAUGUCAAAUCAGCUGGCAGCCAAGGUUGAGCUGGGAAGGAAGAGUCAUUUGGAAUUAUUUGUUUCCAGCUUUGGAAGGGCAUGGGAGGGGGGACAAAAAACUCAUUUCCCUCACAAGGCUACUGACUCCCAGUGAACAGCUCUGCUAUAUUUCUCCAUCUGGCUUUACGUCACUCAGCAUGCACGUCUCCGAUUUUCUGCCUUUCUGUCUCAUUAUGACAUUGAUCAAGUAAGAAAAACUGAAAAUAAGAAGAAAGUUUGAACAGCUGUACAGUACAAAUUCUUGUUUUCAUGGUAAUCUGUGUUCACUGAGCCACAUGUGUGCUUUAUCUCUUUAGUUAAUGGCCUUGGUCACUGAAUUUCUUACAGCUUCACUUAAGCUCCUCCUCCAAACUGCAUCUCAGAGAUAGCUGUUCCAUAAGCUCCUUCUCCCCAUCCAGACCUUGAAACUGUGUCUAUCUCGCGUUGAGGCUACAGCAUUAUGAGAUAUAAUACACAAUUUACACAUUUUCUUUUUAUUCAUCAUACAAGCCAGUGUUUCACCUGAGAACUUUGGUCUGCAUGGAAAGAUGACACAUGAUAAACUCCAAAGCAAAAGUUAGCCAGUCUCCUCCUUCUUAUCUUAUGGAAGGGGAAUACAAUGGUGAGCAUAAAUACACAUAUCACUUCUUCUAAAACUAAAAAUACACUUGUUUGCAAAGUUUUCUUCCUCAUUAAGAUAGAUAGGGAGUGACAAAAUGUGUGAUCUAGGUCAACCCCUUGGUGAAAAUGAUGGCAAGUUCUGCUCGGGGCUGUUUCAGACAAUACUGCAGAGCACUAACAUUAGUUGCAAAGUUUUGGAAACAUCUGAGAAAAACUUUUUCUAGUAUGAACGUAUCAUCAGUCACUCAGUCAAAUUGAAAUUCAGGAUUUCACAGGUUCCUGAUGAGCAAUACACAAACUUCCACUUACAAACGGGUGAAACUUGCUCUCAUGUUUAAAAAACAUGAGCUUGUUCCCACUGACAUAGUCUCUUUCAACCCAGUGAAAAGUGUACUGUACCAAAUCACUGAGUGAAUGUAUCAGCCUCAAGCAGCUCUGUUUACCCCUGUCACACAAUCCUGAGAAGAAAGACAAGGUGGAAAAGUUGAUGCAGAAGAUUUCAAUUGUGGCUAAACUCAUUGGCAUGAUAUAAAAGGUACCUGCUGAGCUGGGUGCAGUCAUAUGAACUGAUUUUAGUGCCUUUUAGGUAUUAAAAGAAAGCAGAGAAGAUUAAAGUAUUUCAUACCUCAAGGAUGUUGAGUCUAAAGAGCUGCAGUUUAAAAAGCCAAGUGUCAACACAAAUAAGGCACCAAUGUGCUCUACUAUUACAGUGGGAAUAAAAUUAAAAGGAAAAUUAUUAUCAUGUUACUGAAUGGCCUGACCACAUGAAAUGGUGAUGUUGCAAUUACCUUUUAGAACCUGUGACUUUUACCCCACUGCGGUCUUAAAUCCAUUUCUCUUCCUAAGUACACACCCCAGCCUCUAAAAACCCUGUCACUCUCAUAAACUUUAAUACAUGUGCAGACACACACACACACACAGGAAAAAAUGCAUAUUUGCUCAUUUUUCUAUGGGGUGCAUGCAAGAUUACACCUUCUGUACAGACACCUGUUAGUCCACCUGGACUGGGAUUGCGGUUAAGCGCCCUCAAAUUUGAUUUGAGAUGUGGAAGCUGACCAUCGGUUUCUCAGAUGCCUCAUCCAAGCCCAACAAUGCAUGCAGGAUGUGCCUGGUAAGCUCUGUGAGCUCAGCUUGGCAGAAACUCCCAGGUGGUGUUGUGUUAUAGCUUGAUAUUGCAUGCUGAAAUAGAACAACACACUGUCCCUACUAACUUUUUUGCAUGAGGAUAUUGCUAUCCAUUCAGACAAAAGGAGCUGGUUAAGUCGUGUCAAGUUGGUUAUGACACUCACUCGAAGCAUGCGGCCUUAUGCUUACCUGACACUGUCAAAGCUUGAGUGUUUUGCUCUGCGGUUGAGAAUGUGUGGAGUAGGUGAUGAAUGGACCAUGUGUGACUGUAGUUUUCUCUUAGACAGUGUAAGACUGAGUAUUUUGGCAGCAUGUUUCUAAACUCUUGUUACAUUCACAUGUGUGUGUCUGCCUACCUUUGUAAUAGGUUGAUGGUUAUGGUUCAUUGCCCAUGAUAAAGUAAUGAAUCAGUAGGGCUGUUUGAUUUUAGAGAAAUGUGAGAGCACAUGAAUGUGUACCAUGUGCGCAGUCCUUAUUGUCUCUUUGUAUAUAACUAUAUGUUCGUCCUGUUGUGUGUAUAAAUAUAUAUUUUGCACUGAAUGUACCAAAGUUUGGGGCUUGCAAAGUCAAUCAUUAGGUGUGCUCUCGAUUUCGGUCUAACCAACACAUCCUACGUUUGGCUUAUGCUACAUUCUUGCAGAACAUCCCCUCAUGUUUGCUUGACAGGCAGAUGUGUGGCAUGGGCAGCAAUGCUUCAAGUUAGGAUAGACUGUACAUCACUUGGCCAGUUAUUCAGUCACAACAAUGAAGCUUCUCUGAAGUAGAGGAAUUGUAAUACUUCCCUUCAUAUCCAGAUGAAGACAGCUGCACCUCUAAUCUCUUCUCAAACAUUUCUGACAGGACCCAGCUCCACUUUUCAGAAUUUCACACUAUGCAAAGCUCCUGUAUGUGUGUCUACAUUUCACUCAAAUGAUUGUAAUAAAAGAGAACAAAUCAAACUUAUUUAUUAGCAUGUUUUGUUACUUAUAUACUGAGAGAUAAAAAGCCCAAAGCAGUCAUCUGAUCUUUAGCACUUUUUUAAAGUACAUGAAAUAAACAAUAAUAGUGUUUUUCCAUAGCAAGACAAAAUCUAAGCCAAAAUGCAGAAGCAAUGUGGGUUUUUUUCAUAUUUUUGAGAACUUUUUUGUUAUUAAAAAAAUCUCAAGGUUCAUCAUAGCUAUCUUUACAAGUUGGGGGCUGGAUUUUGCAACACCUUGAUUUUUGCUGGUGUGCUUGUGGUCAUUGUCCUAUUGCACGACCUCCCAUUUGACUCUGGAAUAUUUUGGUGUACUUCAAUGAGCUGAAUACUGCGUGAGAUCCUUCGCUUGCCAAACCAGCCCCAAUGGACCUCCCGACCAAUGUGUUUGAAAAUUGGUAUGGGGUGUUGUUUGGUUUUCAGAUAAGGUGGUGGUAAGAAUUGUGAGCUUUCUCUUGGCAAACUUUCCCGACAAGCCACACUUGCACAGUUUGAAUCUGUAUCGUGCGGUUACAUUUAACAUACUAACCUAGGCCUGUGGAGUCUUUUUUAUUUUAUUUUUUUAAUAAUAGUAAUUAUGAAUGAUUCUCUGUCUGACUUAGACAUGUAGUAACUGGCAUUUCCAUUCCUGGGCUGACUGGA